AUGAAUCUACAUAGUCUGGAUGGUGCCUUCUCCAUAUGUAAAGUCCUCCAGAAGAAAGUGUUAAUUCUUCAUGGAAAUGACCUGAGGUCACUUGUUCCUAAAGGUUGCUUCAUUGGUGCCUUAGCAACUUUAAAGGUGUUAGACCUGCAUGAAAAUAAGCUCACAUCACUUCCUGAUGACAUCGGGCAGCUUUUGUCCUUGCAGGUGCUGAAUGUAGAGAAGAACCACAUUAAACAGCUGCCGGACUCUAUAGGGGAUUUACGGUAUCUACAGACACUUAAUGUGAAAGGGAACAGCCUUACUGACAUUCCUGUGUCUGUGGGACGCAUGAGUAGCCUGCGUACACUAGACAUAAGUGAGAAUAGCAUUAGAGAAUUACCUAAAGAACUGGCCAGUGUUCGCACUUUGGAAAGCCUGAUUCUGGAUGCACAGGAUAUGAGAUAUCCACCUGCAUCAGUGUGCACGGCCGGCACAGAGGAAGUGCAGAGCUACCUCUGUUCAGAGAUGAGUCUGGAGUAUUGCCCUCCAUCCCAGUAUUUGCUGCCUGUGCUGGAGCAUGAUGAAGGGAAGCAGGAGGUGGAUUGUGUUGAUGGUGAAGAGAUGGCCUGGCAGAGCAAAUUCAUGGACUAUGAGAAAAGAAAGGUGCAGAAACAGCUGGAAAAGUUGAUCUUUGAGAAAGAUCUUGAAGAGAAACAGAGAGAGCACACUCAGCUCCUCCUCCUCAACAACUCCCACAAAGAGGAUGUCCUGCUGUCUGUCAAACUGGAGCAGCAACGGUUGGAGUUAGGUGUGUCUCAGCAGCAGAAGGCCCAGGAAACAGAGAGGCAGAAAAUGCUGGAUAAAGUACAUCUGGCAGAGAGCAAUAUCAUGAGUCGCAUCUCUGACCUCCUACUUGAUAACAAACGCCAGGCAAAGAGCGCCGAGUUUCUGCAAGCUCUGGAGGAAGACCGUAUACGAAUGGAACACCUUACUGCCAUCACACAGGAUGAAGCCAACUCUCUUAGGAAGAAGGAAGUGGCAAGUGCCAUGCAGAGGAUGCUGUCAGAGAGCUACUCUUUAAGGUUACUUCAGGAGGCCAGGGAAGCCAAGACACAGAUUCUGCUGUCUGAGACCUGCAGGAGUUUGGACUAUAUGGAUAGGAAGUUUGACCAAGUGUUGUCCCUGCAGCAGCUAGACAAAAGCAAAGCCAUUAGUCAGAUCCUUCAAGAGGAGGAAAUGCAGAAGGCCGCCUUUGAAGCCCUCCAACUCCAGAAGGACAGUGUGCAUGCUUAUAUCCGUAAUCAGAUUAAACUCAUAGAGACAGAGUUAAUGCAGUUGACAAAGCUGGAGGUUAAGAGGAGGAAUUUGGACACUGAGAACCUGCAGGAGGUGCUAGCUGACCAGAGGACUGCUCUGACUGACCUACUGCAGCAGUUACUCAAACAGAAGGACCAAAGGGAGGAGGAGCUCAGGAUGGUUUUGGUGGAGAUGGAGCAGAAAAGUGAAUCCAAUCAGCAGAACUACUGGAUGAUCCAGUAUCAGAGGCUCCUGGAUGCCAAACCUCUGUCUCUGCGGAUGCAGGAGGCAGCUGUAGAUGCAGAUCUGGGGAAUCUGCUGUGUAAACUCUCUGCUCAACACUACCUGCCAAUCAUAGCUCACCACCGAAUCACUGCAGAGGCCUUGCGACACAUGACCACUAAAGACCUUAGAAAGUUGGGAAUCAAUGAGGUUGGCGUGCAGAAAGCUCUUCUCCACUGGGCCAGAGAACGCACUCUGUCUGAUCCAAAAGAGAUGCAGGAAGCUGGUCCAUCCACUCCAAGCGCCCCACUUCAACAGCAGCUCACUCCUCCACUGACCCCCAGCACCCCCCUCACCCCCACUGCCCCAAGUCCUGAUAGAUGGAGCAGUUCCGAGUGUGUGGUGUGCAUGGAACAUGAGUCACAGGUGAUCUUCCUGCCGUGUGGGCAUGUAUGCUGUUGCCAGACCUGCAGCGAUGCCCUGCAGUCCUGCCCUCUGUGCCGUGGCUCUAUAUCUCAGCGGGUCCGUCUUUACCACGGCUGAAGCUGGCGAGUGUCCUACCAUGGUUAGGAUCAUACCUCAUGUGUCAUUGUUAUUCCUUCCUCCCAUUUGCUGCAUGAAAUCGUUGUCUGUGAACCUUCAAGCACUUUAGAAGUUACUGGAUUUUUUCUUCCACUCCCAUUACAACUAGCCAGUCAAAGAGGAACUUACACAGCAAGACAUUUGUCUAAUAGGAUAAGGUUUUAUUGUUCAUCGUAAGCUAGUCACAUUCCAAUAAAUUAACAGCAAGAAAGUAUUUGAUAAUGGUUCAUUUAACUCAAACCUAAUAGGAAUAGAUAAUAAUAAGACACUUGAGCUUUAGUAUCGCCAUUGAUGGACCCGCUCUAAGCACUUGUGCCUCUUCUGUAUUUGAUUUCAACUCUUCAUGCCCCGCUGUCCAUGUUAUUCUAUCAACAUUGUAGUACAGUAAGACCAAAUUUAUCACCAUUCAGGGAUUUUUACAUCAAGGACAAUAGCUGUAAUGUUAAAGUUUUAAUCAUCAUUCUAAUUUGAUCAGAAUUGGGGCAUCACCCCACAGCUAUAAUGACAACAACACAGAGGAACUAUAUAUCAUUGGAAUCACUAUC